CCUGGAAGUCCAGGGGUAAGCGCGCCUCCGACGGCAGCCACGCAAUCGGUGGGCUGAAAUGGGUUAGUGAGUGUGUGUGGACUUUGCACAUGCUCGUCAUGCGAUGGAGGGAAUGGGGCCGUUGUUGCUGGCUGAGAGGCUCUGGGCUCGAUCUUCCUCCAUGCUUGGCCCCCGGCCGCGGUGGGGGCACAGAAAAGGGCCCGCAAAAUGCAUUGCUGGACGGGUGAGCUGAGCCUCCCCCAUCUUGGAUGUCUGAAACGGGCUGGGCUAGCCACUCGCGGAGGGCGCUUGUCCGCCUCUGUCCCCUGCCCCGAGGAGCUUCCCAAGACCUCUGCCGGCGGAGGAGUUGGCAGCAAUGGCCAGGCAGGGCGCCUCCUCCCAGGGCGCGCGAGGGCGGCGCGGUGGGGCGGUCCCUGGGCGGCGGGGGCGGGCCGGCGCGGCGGGCCACGCGGGGAACCGGCCGGCCGGGAGCGCCCACUGGCGGCCGUGCCUGGCUGGCGGCGGCGGCAGCUGAGGCUCGGCUGGCCGGGCGCGGCGUCGGCAGCGGGGAUGUCGUCGUCGUCCUCGGCGUGCGUUCCCCUGGCGGAGCUGCUGGGCGAGGCGCUGGCGGCGCCCGACGGCUCCCCGGUGGCCACGGCCUCGCUGGCGGCGCGGGGCGUCUCGCUGGUGGGGCUCUACUUCGGCUACUGCGGCGGCGGAGGCGGAGGGAGCGGGGCUGGCGGCGGCGGCGGCACGGGGGGCCCUUGCGCGCAGCUGGCCGCCAGCCUGGCCGCCUUCUACGCGCGCUUCCAGCCCCGGAGCGGAGCCGAGAAAGUAGCCGAGGCGGCGGCAGCAGCCGCCGCCGAGAAGGAGCAGCAGCAGCCGCCACCGCGGCGGCUGGAGAUUGUCUUCGUGUCGGCCGAGCAGGACCAGCAGCGCUGGCAGGAGGCGACGCGGGCCAUGCCCUGGCUGGCGCUGCCCUUCGCCGACAAGCGCCGCAAGUUGAAACUCUGGAACAAGUUCCGCGUCUCCAACAUUCCCUCGCUGAUAUUUAUAGACGCCGCCACUGGCAAGGUGGUCUGCCGGAACGGCCUCUUGGUAAUCCGAGAUGACCCAGAAGGUCUGGAGUUCCCUUGGGGACCCAAGCCUUUCAGCGAGGUGGUUGCCGGGCCCCUCCUCCGGAACAACGGCCAGUCUCAGGACAGCAGUGCCCUGGAGGGCUCCCAUGUCGGUGUUUACUUCUCUGCGCACUGGUGCCCUCCGUGCCGAAGCCUCACCCGGGUCCUGGUGGAAUCCUUCCGGAAAAUCAAGGAAUCGGGCCAGAAAUUCGAGAUCGUCUUUGUUAGUGCAGACAGGUCGGAGGACUCCUUCAAGCAGUACUUCAGCGAGAUGCCCUGGGUAGCCGUCCCGUACGCCGACGAAGCCCGGCGGUCACGUCUCAACCGCCUUUACGGCAUCCAAGGCAUCCCCACCCUCAUUGUCCUGGACCCCAAGGGAGACGUCAUCACGCGGCAAGGCCGGGUGGAAGUCCUGAACGACAUCGAGUGCCGGGAGUUCCCCUGGCACCCCAAGCCCGUCCUGGAGCUGACCGACUCCAACGCUGUGCAACUGAACGAGGGCCCUUGCCUCGUUCUCUUUGUAGAUUCGGAUGACGAUGGCGAAUCGGAAGCGGCCAAGCAGCUCAUCCAGCCCAUCGCCGAGAAGAUCAUUGCCAAAUACAGGGCCAAAGAGGAAGAGGCCCCGCUGCUCUUUUUCGUGGCCGGAGAGGAUGACAUGACCGACUCGCUCCGGGAUUACACCAACCUCCCCGAAGCAGCGCCCCUCCUCACCAUCCUGGACAUGUCCGCCCGGGCCAAGUACGUGAUGGACGUGGAGGAGAUCACCCCGGACAUCGUGGAAGCUUUUGUGAAUGACUUUCUAGCGGACAAGCUGAAACCGGAGCCCAUCUAAAGCGGAGUGGAGGGCCAACCGAGCUUUGAGGCUGCACAGACAUCUUCCCGUGGCUGGGCGUCCAAGAAACAGCUGUAAGCAUUUUCCUGGCAGAUGGCAACCCCAGAAUGCUUUUGAGAAGAGCCACGACAUGAGCGUAGCAGCCCUGCGGGAUCAGGCCCAAGGAGGCCCAUCGAGCCCAGCACCCAGUGGCCCACCAGGAUGCCUCGGGGGAGCCCACAGGCAAGAGAGGUGAUCCCGGCUCUUCCGGAUCCGACUCAGUCAUGACACAAGGCGGGCGUGUGUGUGUGUGUCGGACUGAAGGCUACGCCUGGGAGAUGACCGCCAUCGACGUGCUCACGGCCAGGUAAUGGGAACCUCGCUGUAGACUUGCUGCUACUUCCAUUCUGCCCGUCUGGCUAUGGCCCUCCACACACAGCGGCAGCGUUGGCAGCUGUGGGAAGACGUCCUUAUUCUCAAUGGCCACUAGUCGGGAGAGCACAAGAACAGCCCAGCUGGAUCAGGCCCAAGGAGACCUCUCUCGUCCAGCAUCCGAUCUCACACAGUGGCCCACCAGAUGCCUCUGCGAAGGCCGCAGGCAAGAGGAGGAGAACAUGCCCUCUCUCCGGCUGUUGCUCCGAACACCCUGCUUCAAUAGGAUAGCUUUCAUCUUAGGACGUUAAUGGCCAAUUGGCCAUUUCCUCGAGUGUUAGGUUUACGUAGAAACUGCAACACUUUUUCAUCCUCGCAGUGUUCCCUCUAACAGGGAUUCCCAGAAUCCCCAAGCAAAGGCCAUUGUAGCUGGGGAUUCGGGGAGUUGUAGUCAAUAACAUCUGGAAAUCCCUGUUAGAGGGAACACUGCUCGCAAUAUAUCGCUCCAGAAAGAUAGAUAUGGGUGGCUUUUUUAGUGUCCCAUUUCACAGACAUAUACAGAUCUGUAUCUCACAUAGGUAGUUUUAUUAGAUACUCAGUCUUGUAUGGUAUCAUAUUGUUUUAAUUGUAUUUUGAUAACGUAGGCCUUUAUUUUGGAGCCAUAGAAAUCUUUGGCUCAUGUCUGACCAUAACCCUGCUUGCUGCCUGCCUAUUUUGGAGUUUUGCUUGUCUGCAAGAAGAGUUUGCUGUUAGCAUUAUGGAACUGUCGUCAUACACGCGACUCUGAACAGGGCAAUGAAACUUGGGAUGAACUCUCGUGUUGAACCUGUUUGUUUUGCAUGUAUAGCUAUGUAAUCAAUUUGAUACUGUUUGAAUGGUUGUACUUUAUACAAGGGAAUCUUCUGUGUGUACUUAUUAUUUGUAAUUAGGUACACACAUCAAUCGUUGGGGUGUGUGUGUAUAGAAGUAUAGCUAUGACCCUUUGCUUGUGGCGAUCAGGCUGCUUUGAAAAAGUACUUUGCUCCCUGUGUUCCGAUGAAAUUCAUUGUACCAGCUCCUUGGCUGACCACAAGGAAAGGAGAAGUAGUGACUGCCCUUGCAGUCUUCGUCCAUUAGAGGUACUGAAUGUAUUGUGUUGUUAUUGGAUGAUAAUAUAUUGAUGUAUUAUCCAAUGUAUUGAAUAAGAGGGGAUUUUUAAUUUAUGCUUUUGAUCUAUACUUCUGACCAGAAGUAUGAGUCAAAAACUGGCAGAUUAAGAUUUUGGGGGAGUCAUUUCUUUCUUUUCUUUUUCUUCUGUUCCCAAAAUGGGGAGGUUAGUCUGGUUUCACUAUGUCAAUUGGAUGUUUGAAGAACAUCUAUAUAUACGAGAAAUGACCUUUUUGUUUUCAAGAAUGACUGCAACCCAGACAUGAAACCUGUCUGACAUUGAUCAUCUGAUGAUGAUAUCAUUGCGCUCUCAAUGUAAAUUUGCAAAGUGUUGUGAUUUAUACUCAUCCUCUAUGACAUCUUCCGAAUUAAUAGUGGGAGGCCUUUUGUUCUAUAAAGUAACCUAUCAGGAUCUACUGUGCAUCCCAGACCGCCAUCUUGGGAGGUACAAAAUAGAAACGGUGUAAGACCAUGGAGGGGCUGAGCUAGUUUUUGUUUCCCCUUUUGGUGGGGUGGGGGGAGGAGAGCAUUUCAUGUGUGUCUUGUCCUGUCUCCCCUUUGGGGAGAGAAAACUUCUCCCCUGUUGUGUCUCCUCUUUUGCGGGGAGAGAACCUUUCUCCUUCUUGAAUCUUCUCCCUCUCUUUCUCCUGACUUAGCUGUGGGCUUCAAGCUCUGGCUUUAGUCCAUUUGACUUUUAUCAGGUCUCGGUUUGAGCUCUAUCCUUCGUGCAGCCUCUGCAGGCUGCAGCAACAGGAGUGGUGAGAUAUCUUGUUCUGUUCAAGGGAUUUGAAUCUGUGCUUAAUAUGUCUAGAUUGGUAAAAUUGGUUUUGUUUGCUUCUGCUAAUGUAUGCUCUGCUAAUUGAUUACUAAUGUAAUUCAAAAUAAAAGGGUUAUCCUGAUA